UCUGACUAGUUGCCUGAAGCCUGUUUUGUUGUUGUUGUUUUUGUUUGUUUGUUUGUUUGAUUGAUUUUGCCUGAACUUAUCUAGUUCUAAGCUAUACUCUCCUGAACUGCUAGUUUGCACGGAGUCAGCUUAGCCUUCUCAGUAUAAACUUGAGUCCUUGAACAUAGAGAGUAUCUUUCAAGAUCUCACUUAUCCUUUUUACCUAGUUAACCUUACAGUCACUGAACAUACAUCCCGGGGACCACCAUUUCGGGCACCUAACCCUAUCCCAAUCCGCUUUGAGUCAGGUGUCCCAGGCCAGGGAUGAACCGCUUGAGAAUAGGGCUGGACAGUUGCUUGACCCUGCGCGGCUGAGUCUCCAGCACCUAGGACAGGGCUCUGCACUGAAGUAGACGCGGGGCGAGUGAGGUGUGAGGGGAACAGGUGUGAAUGGACGCGUCCUUAGAAAGGCAGCCCCAGCCCCAGGAGACUGCUGGGUCGUACGUGGGAGGGGCCAAGCGCUCCCUGGCCUGGGUGUGGCUCCAGUCGUCCGGGUCCAAUCUCCACCAUUCAGCGCCUGCGCUGAGUCCCUUCCGGCUGCUAGGAGCCGGAAGUGGAGCUUAAGCUUCCCAUGAUUCUUUGCGCGGUGUCUAUUUUAACCGCAGGACUAAGCUGGCAGUAGCGAUGGCUACAUCUGGAGAGGAGAACCUGUCGGAACUGUCCCCUGCUGCCGCCCCAGAUUUGGAUUGGUAUGAGAAGCCGGAAGAAACUCAUGCUCCCGGGGUAGAUCUUGAGACCGUCAUCCCGUCAGCCCAGGAACCUUCCAAUCCUGCGGAGCCCUUUUGCCCGAGAGACCUGGUGCCGGUGGUGUUUCCUGGGCCGGUGAGCCAGGAAGGCUGCUGCCAGUUUACUUGUGAACUUCUGAAGCAUAUCAUGUACCAACGCCAACAGCUCCCUCUGCCCUAUGAACAGCUGAAGCACUUCUACCGGAAAUCUCCCAAGGCAGAGGACACAGCAAGGAAGAAACCUCGGCUCGCCACGGAGGCAAGCAACAGGAAAUGUCAGCAGGCUUUGGCGGAACUGGAGAGUGUCCUCAGUCAUCUACAAGACUUCUUUGCCCGAACACUCGUGCCACAAGUGUUGAUCCUUCUCGGAGGCAAUGCCGUCAGCCCCAAAGAAUUCUAUGAACUCGACCUGUCCAGGCUGGCCCCGCUCAGUGUGGACCAGGGCCUGAACACAGCGGCUUGCUUGCGGCGUCUCUUCAGAGCCAUCUUCUUGGCCGAUGCAUUUAGUGAGCUGCAGGCUCCCCCACUCAUGGGUACCAUUGUCAUGGUUCAGGGCCACCGGGACUGUGGAGAAGAUUGGUUUCGACCCAAACUGAACUACCGGGUGCCCAGCCGUGGCCACAAACUCACGGUGACACUGUCCUGUGGCAGACCUUCCGUCCCAGCCGUGGCUUCAGAGGAUUACAUUUGGUUCCAGGCACCAGUGACACUUAAAGGUUUCCAUGAGUGAACAUAUAAGGACAAUGGCUGAAUUCUCCCGCUCUCGUGCCAGGGCACCCAUCUUCGCACUGAGGGGGGAAGGCUCUGUCCUGGCUGUGUGCCUCUUCUCCCCAGACCUCCUGCUGACUGAUGGGGUGUGGCUGUGGCUGUGAUAAUUAUCCUCAAGCAAGGUCCCCGAAUCAAGGAUUGACUCCAAGAGGCCCCCACGCCAGGUGGAUCUCUGGAGUAGAAAGCAAGGCUGUGUUGGUAGACUCCAAUGGAGGUGGUCCUGCUCUGCUUUAUGUUAUGGGCUUUCAGAACUGUUGCCAAGACCAUAAUAUGGGUAUGACUCAUGAAUUAAAUAUGAUGAAAUGAAUAGAGCUUUAUUAAAAUUCCCUAACACGU